AUGAACAACACUUCCAUAACCGGACCACAAGUACUACAUAGAACAAAAAUGAGACCACUACCAGUGCUAGAAAAAUACUGUAUCUCGCCACAUCAUGGGUUUUUGGACGACCGGUUACCCUUGACCAGACUGAGCAGCAAGAAAUAUAUGAAAUGGGAAGAAAUCGUUGCUGACCUGCCCUCUCUUUUGCAAGAGGAUAACAAGGUGCGGAGCGUCAUCGAUGGGCUGGAUGUCUUGGACUUGGAUGAGACGAUCUUGGGCGACGUCAGGGAGCUCAGAAGAGCAUAUUCCAUUUUGGGGUUUAUGGCGCACGCUUAUAUUUGGGCCAGCGGAACUCCCCGGGAUGUAUUACCGGAGUGUAUUGCAAGGCCACUGUUGGAGACAGCACAUAUUUUGGGUGUGCCACCGUUAGCUACGUACUCCUCGUUGGUGUUAUGGAACUUCAAAGUGACCGACGAGUGCAAGAAAACGGAAACCGGGUGUUUGGACUUGGAAAAUAUUACAACGAUAAACACAUUUACGGGAACCGUUGACGAAAGUUGGUUUUAUCUGGUCAGCGUGCGGUUUGAAAAAAUCGGCAGCGCUUGUUUAAACCAUGGGUUGCAGAUAUUGAGAGCCAUUAGAAGCGGUGAUAAAGGAGACGCUAACGUGAUAGACGGGUUGGAGGGCUUGGCUGCAACGAUCGAAAGGUUAUCGAAAGCCUUGAUGGAAAUGGAGCUUAAGUGUGAACCCAAUGUAUUUUAUUUCAAGAUAAGACCAUUUUUGGCCGGGUGGACGAAUAUGUCGCAUAUGGGGUUACCACAGGGUGUUAGGUAUGGAGCGGAAGGACAGUAUCGGAUCUUUUCUGGCGGGUCCAAUGCGCAAAGCUCGUUGAUACAGACACUGGACAUCCUUUUGGGUGUGAAACACACUGCGAAUGCUGCGCAUUCUUCCCAAGGAGACAGCAAGAUCAAUUAUCUGGACGAAAUGAAAAAAUACAUGCCAAGAGAACAUCGUGAAUUUCUUUACCAUUUGGAAUCGGUAUGUAAUAUUCGCGAAUACGUUUCUCGUAACGCUUCUAACCGUGCAUUGCAAGAGGCCUAUGGACGUUGCAUUUCCAUGCUGAAAAUAUUUAGAGAUAACCACAUUCAAAUUGUUACCAAGUACAUUAUUUUGCCCUCCAAUUCAAAGCAACACGGCUCCAAUAAGCCGAACGUACUAAGUCCAAUCGAGCCCAAUACCAAAGCAAGUGGUUGUUUAGGGCAUAAAGUUGCCUCAUCUAAGACUAUCGGAACCGGUGGUACAAGAUUAAUGCCCUUCUUAAAGCAGUGCAGGGACGAGACUGUCGCCACUGCGGACAUUAAAAAUGAAGAUAAAAAUUGA